AUGGACAUUAGUCACCUCAUACUGGGAAGACCAUGGGAGUAUGAUCGCCGAGUGACGCAUGAGGGAGUUACAAAUACUUAUAGCUCCACAUGGAAUGCACAACAGAUCGUACUUUUGCCAUCUCGCGAGCCUCCCACUCCUGCGUCGCCUGCUCCUCCAGCCAAGCAGGCAACGUCCCCCAACCACAGCAACGCUCUACCACACGAUGUUGUGUUCAUACUCCACUUUCAUCUCAGAGUUGAGAUUAGCGGAUCACGCCUUCGCCAUCAUACCAGUGACACAAGAAACCGCCCCCACGGCAGCUUCGUCUCCAUCAAACAUGUCCUUGUCAGCGGUUUUAAACGACUUUCCCGACGUCUUUCCCGCAAACUUACCAAAAGGUUGCCCCCUCUACGAGAUAUACAACAUCAGAUCGAUCUCGUUCCCGGCGCAAUUCUUCCCAAUAGACCACAUUACCGUAUGAGCCCGAGCGAGCAUGAGGAACUGCGUCGCCAAGUCGAAGAUCUGCUCCGCAAGGGACACAUUAAAGAAAGUCUAAGUCCAUGUGCAGUCCAGCUCUUUGAUUCCUAA